AUGAAGACAACAACCAUACGAAGGACACUAUCAUCCGUAGCGGUGGUGUGGAUGGCGUGUCUGGCGGCGACCUACCGGUGCUGUAAUGUGGAGAUGUGUUCGCGGGAGUACUCAUCGGUGGUGGAGAUGUCGUCCCAACAGCAGUGGUCAGCGGUGUCUGAGCAGCAGUACUGCGCUCUCGUGAACGCCUACCAGCACUGCCUCCGAUCCAUCGGGAAGUCGUGUCGCGGAAACCUGGAGUUCCACACAUUGCAGACACUGCUGAAGAACUGGAAGCACGAGCGCAACUGCACCAACGCUAUGACAACGGGCGCCGUCGUCUAUCGGCCCCAAUCCGUGGCCUCAUCGCAGCGCAAGUCCGGCCAAUCGGUGGUCGUCCAGAAUCAGCAGCAGUGGCACCAAAACCAGCAGAAGAUCGUCGAGCAACAGGAGCUCCUCCAGCAGUGCCUGUCGGCCGCCUAUAACUACACCAUCAAUACGGACCUAUCGGUGCCCAUAGACGUGCGCACCGAUCAUAGGACGCAGAGAGUGGUGACCACGAGUGGACCGAAGCGGUCGAGGGGUCGUGUGGUGCGAGACAAUGGCCUUAUGGCCAGUGAGUCGUCUGUGAAAACAAACUUUUUUCCCAUCAGAGGGGAGACUAUUGACAGCGAUGUCGACGAAGACAUCAAUAAUAAUGAUUUCAGUUCUUCGAGUCCAAUGCCAUCGACUGUGCCAACAGUGAAGCCGUCGGCGCCUCCGUCGCCACCGCUCACGUGUAUUAUAUACGGCGACCCACACCUCAGGACAUUCAACAACGAAUACCAGACGUGCCGGUGCUCUGGCGCCUGGCCUCUCAUAGAUCACCCCUUAUUUAAGGUUCAAAUCACUAACUCCCGAAUUAAAGGGGCCAACCCUCAGGUGACGGGUGUGACCAGAGUUGUGGUUCUGGUGCGACAGUUCAAGAAGUGCGGCAUUUUGAGUGAUCUCUUGUAUGAGGCGGACAGUCAGUCCUCACCACAAGGCGGACAGAGAGUGGGCACCCCUUCGUCGACAUUCAUCGACGGCAGCACAUCCAACGCCAAUAACCUGAUUCGCAUCACACAGUCGUCUAACAACAACGUGAUUACAAUACAUUUGGAUCACAUCGGCGUUCGGGUAUACAUCGGACAGUUCGAGAGGUCGGCGCACCUGAACGUAGUCAUCAAAUUCCGUUCGGCCACCUCUACUGUCAAACAGCAACUGGUGCUCAACUCAAUCAGUGCCAACUCUCUGUGCAAAACGGGUUGUCCUAAGAGGGAACUCAUCGACAUUCACAACAUAUUGAGUGCGACGGGUGUGGACAUGAGCGCCACCAACAGUGCUAACAGUGCCUCACAGGCGGACAAUACUGUAACAGACUAUAAGUCGGACGCCGACUCCGGUGCGACCGACGACGACAGCGGCGAAGACGCGGCGGUGGACGAGGAGGACGCCCGCGAAGACCCGUGUCAUGACCUUCACGGCUACUACCGGAUGUCGUGUCUGUACGACGUGACCAUCAAAGGCGUGAAGGAUGUGAAUAAUGCGAACCGUUUCGCGCAAUCAUUUGACGAAAUGAAGUUCAUUCACAACAUAUUGGAAUGGAUGAGAACCAUCACCUCAGGCAUAGCCAACCCAUAG